AAAAAAACUGUGAUCCUUUCUGGUGUUGAUGAUAAUAAAGUUAUUUAUGCUACAGAUGUUCAAAAUGAAGCAAGUUUACUCGAUAAUAAUAAGCUUGAUGAGCUUUUAAAUGAAUUGCCUAUAGAAAAUAACCAUGCCGCUGCUCUUAGUUCUGCAAUAGUUGAUUAUUUUAAUGAUAUUGAUCAAACUAUUGCAACCAAAGAAGCAUUGACAAACCAACAAAUAGUUACUCUUAUUCAAAAUGAAGAAUAUGAUGAUACUGAAAAUAGUUUAGAUGAUUCAGAUGAAGAACUAUUCGAA